GGGAAGGAGAGAAGAGAAGAGAAGUAAAGAAUAACGGAAAUGCCAUUGCAGGAGUCGAGGUGAAUGGAAUGAGGCGACUAAGAUUGGAAUAUCCCCGAUGCGUCUUCUGUUUGUUUUAGGUUAAAACCAACACAAAACACAAAGCCCCAACCUCAUCAUCAUCAUCAACACCACCCCACCAACAGCAAGAAGGUUAAACUUCGAAUUCACUUUCUGAAGUUUAUUAAAAAUCACAUUUUUGUUUUUAGAACUCAUCGAUUUCUUUGCUGUGAAAUUUACAAAACCACCAACUCUUUCUGUGUAUUGUUUUCUCAAUUUCCCAUUUCUUAAUUACGGAACCCCAAGUCUCGUGUUUCUCGCCGCCUCUGCUCUUUCAGUUAAAGUGGAUCACGGUUCACUGGUGGUUCAGUUAAAUUCGGUUGAGACAGGUUGUGCUUGUGAAUACUCUCAUCAGUAUAGUAACAAAUCCGUAGUGAAGAUUGCAUGAAACAUAUGGUACUGUGAUUAUUAUGUCUGAACUGAUUGAAGGUCUUCCAGACGCAGUUGCCCUUAGGUGCCUUGCAAGGGUUCCUUUUUAUCUUCAUCCUAAAUUGGAGCUUGUUUCUCGUUCCUGGAGAGCAGCCAUUCAUAGCCAGGAGCUGUUUAAAGCACGACAGGAAGUUGGUUCGUCAGAGGAGCUGCUAUGUGUGUGUGCAUUUGACCCUGAGAAUUUAUGGCAGCUUUAUGACCCUCGAAGAGACCUCUGGAUUACUCUCCCUGUUCUUCCCUCAAAAAUCAGGCACCUUGCCCACUUUGGUGCUGUCUCGGCAGCUGGGAAGCUGUUUGUGCUUGGUGGGGGCAGUGAUGCUGUUGAUCCAUUGACUGGAGAUCAAGAUGGGAGCUUUGCUACAAAUGAAGUCUGGUCAUAUGAUCCUGUAAUACGACAGUGGGCCCAACGUGCAUCCAUGCUUGUGCCGCGUGCCAUGUUUGCAUGCUGUGCUUUGAAUGGAAAGAUUGUUGUAGCAGGUGGUUUCACUAGCUGUCGAAAAUCAAUUUCUCAAGCAGAAAUAUAUGAUCCAGAUAAAGAUAUCUGGCUUCAAAUUCCUGAUCUACAUCGUACGCAUAAUUCAGCAUGCACUGGGCUAGUCCUUGAAGGAAAGAUGCACGUCUUGCACAAGGGCUUGUCAAAAGUGCAAAUAUUAGACCCUAUGGGUCUUGGGUGGACAGUUGAGGAUUGUAGUUGGCUCCAGGGUCCAAUGGCAGUUGUUCAGGAUUCUAUAUAUGUGAUGAGCCAUGGAAUUAUUUGCAAGCAGGAGAAGAACUUUAGAAAGGUAGUGGUUUCAGCAUCUGAGUUUCGUAGGAGAAUCGGGUUUGCAAUGACAGGGAUGGGCGGCGACAUUUAUGUAAUUGGAGGGGUAAUCGGCCCUGAUAGGUGGAAUUGGGAUAUCCAACCAAUGUCCGAUGUUGAUGUUCUUACCGUUGGGGCUGAGAGACCAACUUGGCGCCAGGCAGCUUCAAUGACAAAAUGUCGUGGAACAAUUCUUGGAUGUACACAGCUAAAGAUCUAGUUUAUGUUUGUUAUUCUAACUGCUGCUUUGUUGUGAAAAUUUGUACUCUUGUUGAGGCAUCUGCACAUCUUAUCGGAUGUAAGAAAUGAUGAUUUUGCUGGUAGCGCUGUUUUGUUUGUUGUAAAGCCAUAAUAUGUGGCCUUGUUUUUACUCCAGCUUAGAGGGCCAACACUGAAGGUUUUAUCAGUCUGACUGACAACAAAAUGAGUGGUAUAUGAAAUUUUAUGUAGUAGCAUGCAAGAAAAAGUAUUUUACUUUUUCUUUUAAUUUGGUAUUUGAACAGAGAACAAACUUCUUGUAAUCUUGUUUCUCUCUAGUUUAUAUUUAUAUAUUUGUUUUUGAGUUGUGAA